AAGUGAAAAACAAAACCCUUAAUUUGUAGAGAGUAUACUAGCAGAGUGAAUCAGUGGAAAGCCCUAGACACACACAAACACUUCUCGCAAUGGCGCUUGUUAAUCAAACCCCUGACAUCUCCGGCGAACGACAAUCCGGCCAAGACGUUCGCACCCAAAACGUUGUAGCAUGCCAAGCCAUUGCAAACAUCGUCAAAACCUCAUUAGGUCCCGUCGGUCUCGACAAGAUGCUUGUUGAUGACAUCGGUGAUGUUACUAUCACUAACGACGGUGCUACCAUACUCAAGAUGCUAGAAGUUGAACAUCCUGCUGCUAAGGUUUUGGUUGAGCUUGCUGAACUUCAGGAUAGAGAAGUUGGAGAUGGUACUACUUCCGUCGUCAUUGUAGCCGCAGAGCUUCUUAAAAGAGCAAAUGAUCUUGUUAGGAAUAAGAUUCAUCCAACCUCAAUUAUCAGCGGUUAUAGACUUGCUAUGCGAGAGGCGUGUAAAUACAUUGAUGAAAAGCUGGCUGUCAAGGUUGAAAAGCUAGGAAAAGAUUCACUAGUUAACUGUGCCAAGACCAGCAUGUCCUCAAAGCUGAUAGCUGGUGACAGUGACUUCUUUGCAAAUUUGGUUGUGGAUGCAGUGCAAGCUGUAAAGAUGACCAAUGCUCGUGGUGAAAUUAGAUACCCAAUCAAGGGAAUCAAUAUAUUGAAGGCACACGGUAAAAGUGCUAGAGAGAGCUUUUUGAUGAAUGGAUAUGCUCUUAAUACUGGCCGUGCUGCCCAAGGAAUGCCUCUCAGGGUUUCCCCUGCAAAAAUUGCUUGUCUUGAUUUCAAUCUUCAAAAGACAAAAAUGCAACUGGGUGUUCAAGUAUUAGUUUCUGAUCCCAGGGAACUUGAGAAAAUUCGCCAAAGAGAGGCUGAUAUGACUAAGGAACGGAUUGAAAAACUACUGAAAGCUGGCGCCAAUGUUGUUCUGACUACCAAAGGAAUUGAUGACAUGGCACUUAAGUACUUUGUUGAGGCUGGGGCAAUUGCUGUGAGACGUGUGCGGAAAGAGGAUAUGCGACAUGUUGCCAAAGCAACUGGAGCAACAAUGGUCUCAACAUUUGCUGAUAUGGAAGGGGAGGAAACUUUUGAACCGUCAUUUCUUGGAACUGCCGAUGAGGUUGUUGAGGAGCGUAUUUCUGAUGAUGCUGUAAUCAUGAUUAAAGGGACCAAAACUUCUGGUGCAGUCUCUUUGGUUCUCAGAGGUGCAAAUGACUAUAUGCUUGAUGAGAUGGAUAGAGCUCUGCAUGAUGCACUAUCAAUUGUCAAGAGAACGCUAGAGUCAAAUACAGUGGUUGCUGGUGGAGGUGCUGUUGAAUCAGCAUUGUCAGUUUAUUUGGAAUACCUUGCUACAACUUUAGGAUCACGGGAGCAGUUGGCUAUAGCAGAGUUUGCUGAGUCUCUGUUGAUCAUUCCAAAGGUGCUUGCUGUCAAUGCUGCUAAGGAUGCCACAGAUCUGGUUGCAAAGUUACGGGCCUACCACCAUACUGCACAAACUAGAGCGGAUAAGAAGCAUUUAUCAAGCAUGGGUUUGGAUCUUUCAGAAGGAAAGAUUAGAAACAACUUGGAAGCUGGAGUCAUCGAGCCUGCAAUGAGCAAAGUUAAAAUUAUUCAGUUUGCAACUGAAGCUGCUAUUACUAUUCUCCGGAUCGACGACAUGAUCAAGCUUGUCAAGGAUGAAGGUCAGGAAGAAUAGUGUAGUUGAAUUAUGACAUCAUUUACUUCCCAUUUCUGGUGUAAGGGAGGGCGUUUGCAGCUUGUGCUGGUGUGCAUUUGAAGAGGAAGCUAUAUUUAUUGCCCUCGAUGGUCUUGGAGGGAGAAUGUUUUGUUUUUCUUUCUGAAAGUGCUUUUAUUGCAGCUAAUAUUUUGUAGUAGGGCUAGAACAUUUUGUAUUUAUUAGCUAACAGUUCAAAAGUGGCAGUGUUUGUGUCAUGCAUUGGCUGGAUGCAUGAUACACAUGCCUUUCCAAGGCAAGGUCUAGUUUGUGGAAUUUUGAUGUUUCAUUGAUUGUUGUUAGUUUUUAAUGUAAGAACGAGCUAAGUGGGAUUAUUAAUGCCAAUUUUUUUGAUAGAA